AUGAGGUUGGUAGUGAGUUUGAAUGAUGCUGCUCGACAGAGACCCCACUCAGUGCUUAUUGCUGGUAUUCAGCAGGAGAAUCGGCAUCUGCGUGAGCUGCAGCAGGAGAAUAGAGAGCUUAGAGCUGCCUUAGAGGAACAUCAAAAUGCCUUGGAGUUGAUCAUGUCCAAAUACAGACAGCAGAUGACACAGCUGGUCAACACCUCCAAGCAGAGCUUUCACACCCUCUACAACCAACAGUACACCCAGGUCUGUACACGUUGCCAGUAGACAGUGUGGGCAUUAAAAAACCAAUAGUGAUGUUAAAGAGAAGGUAUGCUGAGUUCAGUUACUUUGUUUAUGUAGCUUAAAAAGCUUUUUGCAAUCACAUACAUAUUAAUGUUUGCAGUUUCAUCACAUAGCGAAAUAAACUCCUAGAGUUAUGACUAAUUUUUACUGUCUGUUAUUUGUACUGUAAUUGUUCACUAGACUGUACUUUGUGGAAUAUGAAAUGUUCAAUAACUUAAAACAGCAGUUUACAUCUCAUUAAAAUUUUCAUUUCAA